AUGAAUGAUGUGGGAAACGGCAAACAAAGUAAGCUUAAGAAAGAGGAGGAAAGGUGCGGUACGAAGAGUACAAAGAAUAACAGGAAUAGAACAUUGGCUCUACGUCAAAAUGUCGAGAUAGGCAUAUUGAUAGUAGAAGCGAAGAAGCGGUGCUGAAGGAUGAUAAUGGUGUAGAGAUCAUUGAGAACAACGAGAAAGCCGAACACUUAGGACAGUAUUUUGCCUCCGUUUUUACUAGAGAAACAGAGUUUCGCUGUCGCAGUGCCGGCAAUGCUCUUGAGACUGUUGGUCCCGUGCUUGACUCCAUACUCUUCCCGGCAGCUGCCGUGGAAAGGGAGCUGAAAAAUCUCAAAGAAGCAAAGUCCUCGCGUCCGGACAAUAUACCGGCCAAAUUCUUGAAGGAACUGGCGAAUGAACUUUCCAAACCACUGGCGCACAUCUUCCGCUCGUCAUUCGAAUUAGGGAGGUUGCCAUCGGAAUGGAAGACAGCAAAUAUCUUUCCGAUAUACAAGGGCGGGGCUCGCACUAAUGCCAACAAUUACCGGCCUGUUAGUCUAACCUGCAUCUGCUGUAAAAUAAUGGAGGCCAUAGUUAAGAAAGCAACUAUGGAGUUCCUGGAGCAGGGCCAUUUAAUCUCAGACCUGCAGCACGGCUUUAGACAGAACCGCUCGUGUCUUUCCAGUUUAUUGCUCUCGACGGAGCAGUGGACUCGCGCACUGGAUGAGGAUGGGAGGGUUGAUGUCAUAUACACAGACUUUAAGAAGGCGUUCGACAGCGUCCCACACAAACGCCUAAUCUACAAACCUUCUGAAAUUGGGAUAAGAGGAAGGCUGCUGACAUGGAUAACAGAUUUUCUUAACGGAAGAUCGCAAACCGUGUGCAUUGAGGCCUCAAGGUCAACUCCUACUCCCGUUCUAAGUGGUGUACCCCAGGGCUCCGUCUUAGGGCCGUUGCUAUUCCUGGUUUACAUUAACGACUGCGUCGACGACCUGGGAUGCAGCGCCAUCAUGUUUGCUGACGAUGUUAAGCUGUGGAGACCCAUCAGAUCUGAUGCAGACAGGUACGCGCUUCAAGACAGUCUCAACCGCCUAAACAGUUGGUCAGCUCGCUGGCUCCUCAAUUUUAAUGUGGACAAAUGUGUAAUCCUGAGACUCCGCACCAGACAGACCAGUAAGGAGGACGAUUCCUUUCAAUAUGUCCUUGGUGGUCAGUCCCUUUCAAAUGUUGUGGAACAGAAGGACCUGGGAGUCCUAAUGACCUCCUCGCUGAAACCAUCUUCACAAUGUCAAAGGGCAGCCAAAAGUGCGAUAAGAGUGCUAUUUGCGCUGAGGCGAGGAUUUGUGCAGAUCGACAAGGAGCUGUUCGGAAAAACCUAUGGGGCAUUCGUCCGGUCUCACUUAGAGUAUGCAGUCCAGGCCUGGCGACCGUGGUUGAAGAAAGAUUAUCAACGACUGGAAAGAGUACAGGCGAUGGCUACGAAGAUGGUCAAGAAUCUUCAUCAUUUGCCUUACGAAACCAGGCUGACUGAACUAAAUCUGUUUCCUCUAAAUUACAGGCAACUGCGCGGCGAUCUCAUUCAAACCUACAGGAUUGUCAGAAGCCGAGAGUGUGCCCUAGAUUUUGAUGAAUUCUUUGAAUUGGCCCGAACUGACCGUCUGCGUGGUCAUCCGUUCAAACUGCAAAGGAAGCGGGCUAAUUCGGACGUCCGACGGAACGCCUUCUCACACAGGGUCAUCGGGGCAUGGAAUGGACUCCCUGAUGCCGUCGUUCUUUCCGAAAGUGUUAAAUCCUUUAAGUGCAGACUAGACGCUCACUUGUUGAGAACCUACUGUACAUACAACCAUGAUUGUUUUAGCGGCGGCAGUUUGCGCCUGGCUCACACUUACCGCUAACUUCUUAACUUUUCGCAUUUGCUGAUGUAAUUGAUGACUUUAUUUUUGUUUAUCGACAUGAACAGGGUGCUCAAGGGCGAAAGCCUCAUUCCCUUAAUAAACUGACUUAAGCGCGCCCCGGACAUAAGUGAGAAGAGAAGGCGAUCUCGGGAACCGUAGUUUAACUUUCUUAAUGUUUCAGAGGCAAACAAGCUUCCAUCGUCGGAUUUGAGCAUGGCAUCGGGCCUCACAGUAUUCAUCAGUAGGUGACAGUCAUAUUAAGACUGGCUUCACAUAUGCAGUUAGGGCGGCAGGGAGGACAGGAGAGAGAGGUCGUCCUAGGGAGUCAUAUGGUGUGUCGGCUUUGGCGGUCACCAUCCGCAUGCACACAGAGACUGUGGCGUACGGGGGGAUGGAGGGUGACGGAAUGUACUACAUCUACACCGGGGGGUGGCGUUGAGACUUUGGUGGUGGUCGUUCGUACCUUUGUUGACCGUAGCUGGCAUCCAAGGCAACAGAAUUUUUAACACUGCUACGACUGUCCGUUUUCGUGGUUGCCGGACAGGUAGAUGGCAUGGCAGUAGUGACGACUGCGCUUUCGUCGGACCCAGGUUGUGUGACGGCUGAGUGUACAUCCGCCAUGGACUCGCCUAUGUCUGCAUUCAUGUUUAGCCUGGGUUCGCGUUUGCUCAUUUGUUUACCGAAAUGCGCAUCAAGGGCUUGAUGGGCAACGAGAAGAGCCACACAACGAUCGACAGAAGUAGUCUCCGUGUGCCAGGCCUCGCAUGUUUCCCCCGGCUACGCGAUCGUUUCCUUGUCCUAAAUUGCGUUUGGGUCAUAACGGGUGCUUAUUGUGUUAACUCAGGAUUUGUCGUCUAAUUGUGACCUUCCCUUAUAUCGUUAUUUUUAGGCGCCCAUUGGGUUUUCGAUGGACGAGAACGUCCAGGAGCGGCAGUGGGUUGUUGAUUUCCGGUCCCAAUGUGAAUUGGAUGUCAGGGUCAACAGAGUUCAGGAUAUUAUGGAGUUCUUGGAACAUUCCCCGCUUAAUGAUAACGAAGGCUUUAUCGACAUAUCGAAUCCAAAAUUUCAGCUUAUGAAUUGAGAAAACUGGGGUCUCUACUUUUUGGUAAAUUAGCUCUGUGAAUUGGUGUUACCUUUGACCACUGUCGAUACUGGUGUAAUAACCUAAUAAGGAGGUACCGCGAAAAGAUGAGAGUAUUCUGAUGUGAUCAAAAUUCGUAAGUGUUAAUUGUUCUGCCAUUCGUACGUUGCCAUAAGCAAAGUAAUCUGCCGUUUGCCUUCCUUUUUGACGUAGUUAUCCAAUAUCAUGUUUCUCAGAAGGUCGCAUUUCUAACACGGAGCUGACUGACAUGUGUGGUUGAAUGCGGCGGAGGGCGAAUUCGCGAAGUGUCACGGCUGUCCUUCCAUGGAUGAAGAGUGUAUUCUACGGAAAAUAAUUUGAAUUUAACGCCCAGUCCGGCAGUCGAAAUAAUUCCCACAAGACGUUUUCUGUGGGGCCCAAUGAUAUUUUCCGGCUCCAUAGGAAGGCAGAAUGAAAUUCAUAAGGGUUGAAUCGCACGUUCUUACUACAUUUUGGCCAGAUAUGAGCAAAAUCCGACUUUCCUUGAUAUCCAGCUAAUUUCCUACGCUAUGGAAGUCUGCGGAUCAAACAUCAUUUUUACGUGAAUUCUGCUGUAAACGAAGAUUAUUAUGAACAGGAAACGUACGAAAUAAAUACCUUAUGGAAACGUAUGACCCUCUUUUGCUUCAAUGAAAAUUGGAUGAGAAUGGGUGUGAGAAAUUUUAUCGUUCUAAAGAAAAAAAAGGCCAGAAUCAACCUGCAAAAUUCUUUUUAUAAAUAUAUGGCGUUUCGUGUCAAAAAAAAUUAAUAAGAAACUUUUUCAACAACAUUUUGUUUUACCAUACCGAGAACUACUAGGCGUAAACAAACAUACGUUGAGUACGCGCAACGUGCUGUCACUUUUCUGUCUCACGCCGUGCGAUAAAGAUGUCCAAACAAUGUCUUUUAUCAGUCGAUUAUGAAAUAAUACGAACAUGGGCAAGGAAAGGGUUGUCGCGUGAGUCGUUAGCAAGUAGUUUUAAUACUUGUGAGAUUACUCUAUGUCGAAUACUUAGUGAUAGGACCUUACCCAGAAAUAAGCAGAGUGGAUCAAAACGGUUCACGAGUAGGAAAGACGACGAUUUUAUUCGUCGUACACAAAAAAUGUAUCACUAUGUGCCCAUUAAGAUCAUUCACAGGGAACAUCUGCAGAUGUUCUCCAUGAACACCCUGAUAGUAUGUCGAUCUCGACGCGACAUACUUUUAUAGCCGCUUUUCGAGAUAUACGCCCAUAUCGUUCUCAUCGGUCAGCUGCCCAUUUGGACUCCGCUUUGAUUGGCUGGUGAGCUUGUCGCGCUGUGUGUGUCUCACGCGGACGGAGCCAUUACGGUUUACUUUGUCGUGGCGUGGGCGCGCGUGACUAUGCUGGCGUAACUUUAUAGCUGUCCACUUCAUUUCUUCUUUUGUUUACAUAUCUGUUUGAUUUCGAUCAUUUAACCAACAUUAUGUGUCAAAUCGCCUAAAUGGUUCACACCCAUUUCAGGGGUCAGCUCCUGGCCUGACUGAAGCCGGAUAUAUUUAAGAGGCCCAUGGUCUAUUCAGAAGGUUGGUCAGCAUUGUUCGGCAAAUGAGUGGAUGUCGCUUCUAUAAGAAGUCGAAGAAGUUAAACUUCUGUCUCAAAUAUUUCUAUGAGGCUGUGAAACCUAGAAACGAGUCGUAUUUCCGUGGAUUCUGUGGAGAUAACAUUUCACCAACUGACUGAGCGCACAUAAAUGCAGAUCGGGGAACAACUGUCGCAUGACUGUAUGAUCGUAAAAGUGGAUCGUCCAAACUCCGGCGAUUCACCUCUGUGAAUGUUGACCGACGAGUCACCUCCACAUUGCAUUGCAUACUCCAUUGGUUACGCCCAGCCCAGAAACUAUUGCCGACAGCCACCACGGCCAGGUCUGGCCCCGUUGAGUCAAGGGACGUCAAGUGGACGGUCCCAGACACGCUGAUCUGCAGCCAAUCAACCGACUUCGACUCGGACGCACACGCGUCGGCAGAGUCGCAGUCGCCCAUGCGCCCCUUGAACCUACUUCCCCUGCAAUUAAAACAUGAGCCAUUCAAACGCCACCCCUCGAAAAAUGCAGCACACACGAAUUGGACAGGACUUUCGAUCGCCUAACAAACCUGCAAAGGCAUCGAACUCUGCCGCCUAAGAGGGCAAUUGAGGGUUCUGUACAAAACAAACCCCACAUUCUGCUGAUUUAUGUCGUAGUACAUGAGAUUUGGCCUCAUGAUUGUAGCACUCCGGCUGCUCUCUACUUAGACACUACAAACCUACCUCUAAAGUAAGGUUUUAUGAUGACAUGAGUAAUUAAACUUUCCGACCUACUAGUCAUGGUUCACCUCGUCUAUGUCCCGCUGAAGACUGACUUAUCUCGACUUAUGAUGUGGGAUGAUAUGCUUAGGAAAGGCCGGAAGACGCCUGUUACAGCAUUCGUUGGCCAUCUGUGCAGACGGCCCAUAGGCCAAUUUGGCAUCGCCGGAGUUAGUCUGAGAAACCAUUGAUGAUGAUAUCCUAAUUUUACGAGACUGCGGCACUCAGGAAAUUCUGCCGAUCUGAUGAGACAUCGAUUUCGCCUUGGAUUUAGAAAGUAUUCAAAAUGCCUCCACGAAGCACUCAAGGAGAAGAGGAGUGUCAGCGAACAAAAUCAGCUCUGUUAUAAAAGGAAAUCUUCCUUCCGAAGAAAUUUUGUGAACCAAAAGGUGGCCUAUGUAUAACGCGGGACAUGUGCUAACACAAAGCCAAGCCCCUAAGCACAAAGCAGCGUGUGUCUCGUAUCAGUGGCGCUGGGGACGCCGACUGCGUGGGGAACGGCCACCGACAUCUACUGGCUCUUUCGUUUCCCGCAUGCCUCCCACAUCCGCAUCUCCAGUGCGGUGCCGACAUUUGUGCCACCUAAUAGGACGGUCGCCGAUUAGAUAAGACGAACCUCCCUUCCUGGCAGCCAAUCAUGCGGGUUUUUGCAUGCAGAGCAUGUAACCUAGGCAAGCUCUCAACCGCAGCAGCACACACCGGAUGGUAUAUCUGAAAUGAGGAAAUGAGAGAUUCCAGCUCAGUAAGCAUAUAUGAAGCUGGAGGUAGAGAGGUUAGCUGCCUACCAGCAUGGGAAGCUUAAUCUCCAAUGUGGACAGCAAACACCAUUGUCUCGACGGAUAACUUAUCAUGAAGGUAGCGCGUAGUUGUGAGCUGUAAGGGCAAUUUUAAGUAUUUACGAGUCUGCGCGGAAGCUUCGAACUUGUUCCUACCACUAAACACACACUCUCACACACGAACUGUCUCGAAAAUGCCUUUUUGUAGCCCACCAGAGCGCAAUAUACUAUAAUGCUCGUCUUACAAAUUAAGGCAUGAAGUUUAUUGCUGUCGGGGUAGGUCUAUUUUCGGUCUAAUCGACAAAUUCCAUACCCAAUAGAUAAGACCCCUCGUUUUCCUCAGUCUCCCCAAGACUCCUUGCACCUUGAGGGCCGGCGAUGCGGUCUAUUUCCACUGUUUCCACAUAGGGAGAGAUGGUAAUUAACAUGGCAUGUUAAGUCGUUCUUUGUGCGAGAGUGUGCAUGAGAUCGCGACCCCUCCCUCAAUAACCGUAAUGUCCUCCAUGAUCCACGGAAGUUUAGUUAGCAGGCCGCGGCGACGACCGAAUAGGUAGCCUCUACUAUUUGUCAGCAUACCAUGCCUGCUUAGUUCACUGAAGUAUACAUGUUUUGCUAGGACUAAUUUUGUGUCUAAGCUUGCGAAAAUUAUGACGCUCAAGGUCAAUGUUGGGGUUGCGUUUCAGCUUAGAUUAAGGUCAAAGAUUGGGCUUGGAAUUACGGUUAGGGCUAGGGUUAAGUUUGCAUGCCGCAUGCCGUCUUACUUAAUUCGGUCUUUAAAAAUAUUCUUGUACUGCCGGCUUUCUGCCUGCUAGCACACCUUUUAUUCGCAUUUAUUAAACUGCGCUGUCUAUUCCAGCACCAGUAGAAGAUACCUGACACAAGUGCCCGUUGUACCACUGCAUUCGGUAGAUAGCAUCGUCCAUUUACAAAACUAACAUUAUUGCUAUGCAACAGGGGCUCCUGCGCAUUAUUUAAUCACUGGCGCUACAUGAUGAAUCCCUCACGCGCUGGAAAAAGCUUAAUAAAUAGGACACAAUAAGCAAAUUCAAUAGCGUAAGUUGACGGAAAUAUAGUGUCCAACUGCAUUCAAUUUGCAUACACGGAGUGUUGUGGAAAGGACUGUGCGUCUACUCUUAAACAAAUGACGCAUCCCGCAGGAAGUAAUAUGCGCAGUAGGAGUCACAUUUGUCAGAGAAACAGAGAACCGAUGCCCGUGUCGUUUAUACCUGGAAUCAAAAGUCUUUGGGUCACACGGUAAGUCAGUGAUGCUGCUGGUAAUUUAAUUGAUCGGAUGUAAAUCACCGGCCGCGUCAGAUUGGCACAUGGCUAAGUUGGAUAGCAUAUGGGUGAGCGCCUGCAUCAUAUUCUGAUGACAAUUAUGCCGCCGCCGCCGUCGCCGCUGCCAUUGCUGCCGUUACUACUGAUGGGGAAUGUCUCCGAUGAUGGAGAGACCAAGACUAUCCUAAGGAUACGACCAGGGAAUUUAUUACGGGACCAGAUCCACCUCCAAGUUAGACGAAGUCUAAAUUCUAGUGAGAAGCGGCAACCCUGUGGGUCACAAAGUACUUGAGUCGUGGUCCUACUCGUACACUAUCGGCAAGCGAACUGACAUCCUCCUUUCAUAUUUGAUGCUGCAAUUUUGCCUAAGAGUAUUGGCGAACCGACACCGAUGAAGAAAUCGUUGUCAUUAACAACGCACAAUCAUAGAACGAAACCUGUGUGUUGGAUGUAAGGAUGUCCGGCGGGGGGUUCACGUGACGGUCGUAGUAAGUCGCUCACUUGCUUGCAGUUGCAGACUACUCCUAGUGUCCAUUUGCUGGCAUCCAAAUCUCACAUGUAGCUACCCGAAGCUAGGCUCUGUCUAGCAGCCACACCCCGGCGACGGCCUCGGCCGGCGGGCUAACCCAGGUGAGAGUAUCCGUGUGGGUACGUGCACGCACGAUACUGCGGACUCCGCUAGCCGGAUGGAUCUUUGCGUCAGCAUCGUCGAGAUGAGGCUCCGUCUGGAACACCACAGGAGACAGGUGGCAAUUGAACCCACAGGUCACAGGUAACUUCGGGUCGUCCUCUCACUAACGAAAAGUCGUGGCCCAUAGUGGAGUUAGGCAGCUGUCUCGGAUAACCGGACAGCCCUGUUUAGGGGGUGUGCCACCCGCCCCACAAGGGGGAAGGGGGUAGAAAAGGUGCCCUGCAACUUGCUAGGAGCCACGCUGUCUGAAGGUUGACCGCGGCCGCAGACGAAAAGCACACGGUCGAAUCAGAUAAAACCGAAACAUCAACAAUCUUUCUGACUCUUCCUCAUUCCGCCUGUUUUUUUCUUCUCCUACCCAGCACCCCAAUCGCCAGACUGGCAGAGUGAGUCCGCUCACUCUGGCAGCCUGGAAUGUUCGUUCCCUUUUAGACAAUCCAAGGAGCAACCGACCGGAACGGAGGACAGCGCUAGUGGCACGAGAACUGGCACGCUACAAGGUGGACAUCGCCGCACUCAGCGAGACCCGAUUCUCCGAACAAGGCCAACUGGAGGUGAUGGGUGCCGGUUACACCUUCUUCUGGAGCGGUCGCCCCAAGGCAGAGCGACGAGACGCGGGCGUCGUCUUCGCCAUCCAGAACGACAUCGUGGGACGACUGCCCAGUCUGCCGCAGUGCAUCAACGAUCGCCUGAUGAGCCUCCGCCUGCCUCUCCGGCGAGGAGGCAAGUUUGCCACCAUCAUCAGCGCCUACGCUCCGCCUAUGAGCAGCUUCGACACCGCAACAGACAAAUUCUAUGAGGACCUGCACGCCCUCUUGGCGGCUGUGUCGAAGGCGGACAAGUUGAUUGUCCUUGGUGCCUUCAACGCCCGCGUCGGCACAGACCAUGCUGCCUGGAGAGGAGUGCUGGGUCCCCAUGGUCUCCGCGACUCAAACGACAAUGACCUGCUCCUUCUCCGUACCUGCGCAGAACAACAACCCAUCCUGACGAAUACCUUCUUCCGUCUGCCGGAGCGAGAGAAGGCCACCUGGAGGCAUCCUCGGUCGCGUCAGUGA